GCUUGCCGAGUUUUGGCAGGCCGAUUUUAUACGCACAGAAUCUGGACAAAAUGGCAGCCUCCAGUGUGAAAUGCCUAGUCCAAGGGCUCAUCAAAAGCCACCGGAUCAUGCUUUUCUCCAAGAGCUACUGUCCAUUCUGCCUGAUGGCUAAGUCCGUCCUACAAGAGGCUGGUGCUACUAAGGUAAAGGUCUUGGAGAUUGAAGAAAGGACAGACGAACAGGAUAUCCAGGAUGUUCUUCUGGACUUGACGGGUGUUAGGACUGUUCCCAGUGUGUUCCUGGACCAGGACUACCUCGGAGGAGGAACCGACCUACAAAGGAUGAUGGAAGAAGGGCAAUUACAGAAGCUUCUCAGGGAAAAGGGUCUUUUGAACGGUAAUGGCAGCUCUGCAGACAGAUAACACAGAUAAGCAGAAAAUGUCAACUAGAUAUUUAAAAAAAAUAUUUGGUUUCAAGGGACUUUUUACACACUCUCUUUCCACAUUCAACACAGUCUCUGCCAUUACCUCAGUUACACCAAUUUUAGUACAGGGUUCUACUUAAAACAAGGUAGAAGCUUUGACUUUCUCAGGCUUUGUUGUUAUAUAUUAUUUGUACAUCACCAAAUUAAGCCCUUGACUACUGACUUCUGUAAUCACAUAGGCUUUAUACAGGGCCAGCUUGUCCCUGUAUGGCGCAUAAAUUCUUUUUUGAAUGAGAGUGGCGUUAAAAACCAACCAACAACAUCCAUUAGACAUUGGGUGAAAAUAGUUGAACAAUGGUUCCGAUGUUUAAUCAUUAAUGAAUUAUUUGUUGACAAUGACCACAUUUUUGUCUUAAAUGUGAUUUUCUGAUGGAUGAUUUACCGAAGAAAAAGACUGCCUACCAUUACCUCUGUACAUGUACUUCUCCUUGGUGGUCUUUAAACACUUGAUUCAGUGAUGUACCAAGACCUUUAUAGACGUUGUCAUUAUAAUGUGAUUUCACUAUUGAGGGUACAUUUAAAGCUUCAUCAUACACAUAACUCACUGACUGACCCACUGAGUCAGGAGAGGGGCAACUUUUACAAUGUGUUGGGGAGAGAUAUGAACGCCUAACCUUGAUGUUGAGAUCAAAAACUAAAUGAAUGAAUCAUUGGACCAUGAUUAUUCUAAAAUUGAUUGAAAGUACAUGCAUUUCGUUGAUGAACCAUGGUCAAUCGAGAGGGCCUUUGAUAUUGCAGUAGUGGUUUGAACCAAUAACCUUGAAACAGAAAAGUGAGCAAGAGCUAUGUGAAUGAACUGCUGGAUUGUGAUCAUUCUAAAAUUGAUUGAAUGUGCUUUUGUUUAGCGUGGGAUAACUAUGUUUUAUCUGGAUAAAGGUCUUCAAAAAUACAUUAGGAAGGGCUUUGAAUCACUGACCUUGAAUCUCACAAUCAAGAGUUAAGGGAACAAACCACUGGAUCACAAUUCUUCUAAAUAUUGAUUGAAUAUAUUGCAUUGAUUAAUGAACUAAUUUAUCAUCAUGUGAAUAAUAGUGAUAAUCUAAGUUUUUAAAAAUCAGAUAAUGACACUCAAGGUGUACAUUGAAAAUUGGACUACUUACACACUUAAAAUGUUGGGCAACAUAGUGUCCACUGUGUUGGGUAAUGUAGGUUGGUAAAAUAUAUAUAUUCUGGGCAAUUAUUAUCCAAUUGAGCAAAUUUAUUACCCAAUUAUUAGUUUCUAUUACCCAAUUUGGACAGAUUUUUAACCAAUAGCUGUGUGGACAGUACUAUGUUGCCCAGGGAUGGUUAAAAGUUGGGCAUUUUGUGUCCAACUAUUUUAAGAGUGUACAAUGCAAAACAUGAAUUAAACAAAUACAUAGAAAUAAAAGUAAUUGAUAGACAAGAAAAUUACAGAAUCAGUUAUCAGUUGGAGAUCAAAAUAACAAGGAAGUCCACAUCAUAGUCUUGCUUCAUGAGGUGAGUCUUCAAUACCACCCAUGAACAUCUAAACUCCCUUUAAAACUUUUAGCAUGCUCAAAUUUAGGUAAUUUAGCAGAUGAGAAAUGAAAAGCUGAUGCUAUAUUAGAAAUAAAACAAAAGAACAAUUUCCAUAACGUAUUGUAUUUUCCAUUAGUGCAAUGUAAUGUUACAAUUAUUUUAAACUAUUUUGAAUAUGUGAAGAUGUAACAGUAACACUAAGAAUGUUUUACAGAAAGCUGUAAUGCACAAAAUAUGUAUAAAAUAUCAACAAUGAAUAUUAAAUUUUAUCAUAAUAUGAUUUUUCCAUGGCG